AGAAAAAUACGUACCUGUCCAAGGAAGCCAAAAUGUAUUUUAAUGGCAAUGAAAAGGGGAUCCACAACAACGGUCUCAUCUACACCAGCGUGGAAAAGAUAAACAUAGCAGAUUUGAGAAAAGCUACUACGGAAAAUGGACGGCAAAUAGAUUAUCUGCAUUUUUUAAGCAAACAAAAAAGACUUAAUAAGUUGGAGAGGCUGCUAAGCAGUCACGUUGUAAACACCCAAGUAGUAGUGACAAAUUUUGCAGAUGAUGUGGAUGAAGUUAUAAACUGUGAGUACAUGCACCAAAGUGUGUGGAGAAAUAAAAUGUGUUUCUUUUUAAAAAAUGUUUUUUUAUCGAGUUUUUUUUCAAGUGAGUAUGCGAAUGAUAUUGUUAGGGAGCACCAACCAAGAGUCAUCUCCCUUAACUGCAAGUAUGACAACAAAAUAUACAUGAGUGACAACUGCGUCUACCUGUGCGUUAACGAUUUGACAAAGUUGAGGUUGACUUCGCAUAGGAAUGUGUACAGGGAUAGGUUCAAAGUGAGCAAUGUGGUACUGCUGGACAUCUGUAGCGGGGGAAAGGCACAACCAGGGGGGGGUAACAAUGGGGAAGCUGGCAACGACAAGGCAGAAAAUGGGAAGGCUCCUAACAGGGAUGCGACGAAUGGCCCUUUUCCUGGAGGUGAAGCUCUUAGUGGAAACCCCAAAUUGAGAGAAAAAUAUCGGCAGUUUUUUACAGACAUGUACACAUACCCAGUGGACCUGAUCGGGUUAUACAACCAUGGAACGGACCACCAAAAAUUUAGUGAAAAAUUAAAAAAUAUAUUAACCCUUAACGGAUCGAAGGAUGCCGAAGUUUAUGCAGUCCCCAUUAAAUGGCAUGAAUGCUUUUACGAUGCGAGUGGGACGAAGGCAGCUUCGAAAAUAGCAAAGGGGGAUGGUGCACGUUCCAAUCAAUGGAUCUCUGUUGACCAGCACUAUAACGUCCGCAACAACGAAAUGGACAAUUUAUCGCAUGCGUUUAAUAUGAACAGCGUAGCAGAUAUUUACAGCAGCAUUUUUUCUAACUCGUCUGUAAAUGAGAAGGGGGAACAAGUGAACAGUUUGGUUAAUAUGUACAACAUGUACAGUGGGGGGGACGGUGGUCUCGACGUGGUGGUGAGUCCCAACCGUGUGACACACAGUGAGUGUCAACACAAUGAGUGUCUAUACAAUGUGUGUCGACAGAACGGGGGGGGACCCCCCGUAGGAAUGACAAACCAAUUCAAUUACUUGGAUAUACAGACGAGAGAGAAGAUCCGGGAGGUGCACCCCGUCUAUGAACUGGAUGCAGGCUACAUAGAAAGGGAGUUCCUUUCCGGCUCCACUCGGGAUGGGAAAGUCACACUCGAAGGGAACAAUAGGCACGGCGCACAGCAGAAUGACGCACAGCAGAAUGGCUCACAGCAGAAUGACGCACAGCAGAAUGACGCACAGCAGAAGGACGCUCACCAUGGUGUGCCCCGCAACCCUAACGACGUGGUGGACCUGCACGACCUGCUAGCGAGAAGUAAAGCCAGCAAAAAGAAAAAAACAUACUCCCUUCAUGAUAAAACAUUUUACAUUAACUACGACUCGGGGAGCAGCAGCGAUGUGAGUUUAUCAGAUAUGCUCGUCAAAAACUGCGGGGCAGCCAAUGGUGUAGCGCCAAAAGGGCAGACGGGUGGAAGCACAUUAAACAGCUCUACAGAUGGAAGGAUAUUCAAAAAUUACUUAAAGAGGGAUCACCUCAAGGAGGAGAAAUUUGCGAACAGCGGAGAGGACACCCUGGAGGGGGAUACAGAAAGUUGCAUCCAAAGUGAAAUCGAAAAGAAGAAAAAAAAAACGCUUAGUGAGAAGCGGCGCAUGGAAAUGAACUCCGGAAAAAAUGACCACGCCUCUGUAGUAGAAGAGGCGAAACUGCGAAAGAUCGACAAAGUGCUGGAUUUUUUAAAAAACCAUAGGAACCUCUAUUAUAGGGUUAACGAGAGGGUACUACAAAGGGAACGUCUGUACAACUUCAUGAGCUGCGUUUCGGAGGAGGACGCAACAAGGGGGAUUGCAAACGGGAUUGCAAGCGGGAUUGCGAACGGGAUUGCAAGCGGGAUUGCAAGCGGAUUUUCAAACCGAAUUGGAGGGGGGGCCCCAAGUGGGAACACCCACGAAGGUGCCUCCCAUACAAAGAGCAGACAGGACGAAAUUGCAAACUACCUAGUGGAGUACAUAGGGAGAAUCCUCCUGGAUGUAAAAAUAAAUCACGAAAAAAACGCACAUAUGCUUAUUAAAAAGGAAAAAAAUUUUCACCAAGUACAAAAAAUAAUUCUUAGCAAUGGCAUCAUUAGCAGUUGCUGCAUUCGUGAUACAUGUAACUUCCUGAUUGGCCAAUUGGUUAACAGGAAAGCGAGAGAGAGACGCAAGCUGUGCUACGUUGUGUCCUUUUGGGGAGAGUACUGCAGCUUUAUCCAUUUUGAUAAACCCUCGCAGGAGAUGUGCAGCCAAACAUGCAUUCACCUUUUUUUUUUCUGUUCCCCGGAGACGAUAUACGUAACCAUGUUGAAUACCCAAGACCGGGUGUUCU